CCGGCGGGGACAGUAGCCGCCUACUUCCUCUUUUCAGCACAUUUAAGGCCCAGCCUGGGCGGUUCCUGGAGAAGUCGAGGUUGGUCUCAGGCCGUCCAGCCAUGGGGGACCCCUUCAUCCGCCACAUCGCCCUCCUGGGCUUUGAAAAGCGCUUCGUCCCCAGCCAGCACUACGUGUACCUGUUCCUGGUGAAGUGGCAGGACCUGUCCGAGAAGGUGGUGUACCGGCGCUUCACCGAGAUCUACGAGUUCCACAAAACGCUGAAGGAGAUGUUUCCCAUCGAGGCCGGAGAGAUCAGCCCAGCCAGCAGGAUCAUCCCCCACCUCCCAGCUCCCAGGUGGUUUGACGGGCAGCGCGCGGCCGAGAGCCGCCAGGGCACGCUCACCGAGUACUGCAGGGCGCUCUUGGGGCUGCCCACCAAGAUCUCGCGCUGCCCCCACCUGCUGGACUUCUUCAAGGUGCGCCCGGAAGACCUCAAGCUCCCCACGGACAGCCAGGUGAAGAAGCCGGAGACAUACCUGGUGCCCAAAGAUGGCAAGAGUAAUGCAGCAGAUAUCACGGGCCCCAUCAUCCUGCAGAGCUACCGGGCCAUCGCCGACUACGGGAAGAGCUCCGCUUCCGAGAUGGCUGUGGCCACGGGGGACGUGGUGGAGGUUGUGGAGAAGAGCGAGAGCGGCUGGUGGUUCUGCCAAAUGAAGGCCAAGCGCGGCUGGGUCCCAGCGUCCUUCCUGGAGCCCCUGGACAGUCCCGAUGAGGCCGAGGACCCGGAGCCCAACUAUGCAGGUGAGCCCUAUGUCACCAUCAAAGCCUACACUGCCGUGGAAGAGGACGAGAUGUCCCUGGCCCAGGGUGAAACCAUUGAGGUCAUUCAUAAGCUCCUGGACGGCUGGUGGGUGGUCAGGAAGGAGGAUGUCACUGGCUACUUUCCGUCCAUGUACCUGCAGAAGUCGGGACAGGACCCCGCCCAGGCCCAGCGCCAGAUCAAGAGCCGAGGGGCUCCGCCCCGCAGGUCGACCAUCCGCAAUGCGCACAGCAUCCACCAGCGGUCGCGGAAGCGCCUCAGCCAGGACGCCUAUCGCCGCAACAGCGUCCGUUUCCUGCAGCAGCGCCGCCGCCUGGCGCGGCCGGGGCCGCAGAGCGCAGGGAGCUCUCAGGAGGACAAUCUGCAGACCCAGUGUGCGAAGCCGCAGCCCGCGGUGCCCCCGAGACCCAGCGCUGACCUCAUCCUGCACCGCUGCAGCGAGAGCACCAAGCGGAAGCUGGCGUCCGCCGUCUGAGUCUGGGCAGCCCAUCCCGGUCCCCUGUAUAUACGUGUACAUAGCGUGGUGUGUGGACGCUGAGGGCAGCCCCAGGCCUGUUCCCCACGUGGCAGUCCGCCAUCCUCCAUGAAUGUUGCUUAGAAUGAACCGAAGCUCGGGGAGAGAUAGGCUCCGCCCCAAGGGUGUUUCUAGAACGAGGCCGCGGGCAGUGACUCUGCUGGGAGAAGCGUCAAGAGCCAGGAGCCCCUUUGCCCUGGCCUCGGCCUAGAACAGGUCUGCCGAAGGUCAAGCACAAGAGGAACUCCGGGUCCCUCGUGACCUUCUGCCUGUACAGAAACUGCCUGCCCCUACUCUGGUCACAUGGCAGGACAGUCCUGAAGGUGGGUGGAUGUAGCCCUGGCUCAUGACAGGAGGCAGGUUGCAGAGUCCAGGGUGAAUUGUGCCUCUGCAGAGCUGGGACCAAAAAAAAAAAAAAAAAAAAAAAGUAAUUUAGGAAUGGGAACUCCUCUGAUGAUUCACUAAGACCCUGUCCCAGUUAGGAGGGUGCAACCGAAAGCGACCUUCGUUAAUGAACACAUCCUUACCACACAUCUUCACCACUUCCCCAAGCACAGUGGCUGGCCCGUGGCCUCUAAGUUUACUGUGGGUCCUUCCUCCAAGGCAAAGCCACCUGGAGCCAAGUGGAGCUGCGAAUCUUGCAGAAGAUUUAGCUUGUCCAGAGGAGCCAGGGGUGUGUGGAGAGCUGCUCCUCUUGCCUGGGCAGUGGCUACUUGAGGAUGGGCGAGGCUGGCCCCUUAGAAAAGAGAGAGCCCGAGGGGACACAUGCUUCUGGGGAGAACCAUUUGACCAUCAAAGGACGGAGAGAGGCCCUCACUGGUUAGGAACUUUGCAGACCUUAUUUGCUGGAAAAAUGACUUUGACCACUCCCCCACACUGGAAGGACUAGCCCAGCCCCAGCCCCUCUGUCCAUUUCCUCUUACCAUAUUUUUAUUAAAUACAGUAUAUAGUACU